GCACACGACCACGCUUGUCUCCCUAUAUUGUUUCCCUAUACACUCGCGUCUCUCUCGCCCAGACUGGCGCUGCAGGACGCCUCUCCACCGCCGCUGCAUGUCUGUCGUGCAUGCCUCCGUGCACCCUCCGCCGCGAAGACUGUCUCGUAGGGAGCGCGCUCGCUGAGCGAUUUCGCCUCGCCCAUCCACACGCCGGAAGCAUGAGCCUCCAGCAGCAGAGCACGACGACGGACCUCUGCUGGGACUGCGAGCCACACAGAGCGCCGACCGCGGCGACCACAGCGCGGCCGACAGCCACAGACGAGCGGGGGGGAGAGCGCGCGCUCAGCCUGUUUGAAUCCGUCAUCACCGCCUAUCCGCCCGUCCUCGAAUCGCUCCUCUCGCAGCUGCCCACCGCCGCGCUCCUCAAACUCUACCACACAUCACGCCAGCUGCGCGACUUCCUGCGGAAAUACCCGCUAGCAUGGAAGACGCUAUCCUUCCGGCUGCCCCAGCCCGCUGUCACAGUGGGCUCACCGGGCAACGAGACGCCCGACAGUAGAGAGCGCCAGUCGAAGCAGUACUCGUUCGACGCUCUCCUCAAGCAGGUCAUAGCGCCCAACGGGACUCGCAUCACCAACCUGGAUCUCUGCAACACGGCCGUCAAUGGCAUAGCGCUUGUAAGCAGUGUGCUUGCGCCGCACAUCGACACCCUCCAGCACCUGUCCGUCCGUGGGUGCAAGAACGUCUCCAUAAAGUACCACAUUGUGCCGUUCCUGGAGCCGUACACGCUGAAGGAUGCGCCAUGGAUGCGCAACCAGCUCGCCCUGCAGAGCCUCUACACAUACCGCUGCCGACACCACCGCCGACGACCCUACCUCCCCUCCUCGCUCAUUCGCCGCGACUCCGACUCCGACCCCACCCACCAGCUCAUCGAGAUAUGCCACCAACUCGGGAUAUGGACAGACACAGCAUGGUGCCCGUCGCCAGGUGGGAGAUGCUAUCGCAGGAAAGACUACCAUGCCGGACGGGCAGCACCGCAGAACAUGGAGGUCUGGGUACCGUUCGACAGGCUCUGGCGGUCGAGCAACCGCAUAGGGCCUGUGGAAGGUACGAAGAGACUGGGCGAGCACGACGGCAGACUAUGGGAGAUUGCAGAGGAGGGUCAAGAUGGCGAACCGUUGGGUACUGAGAACGGGCACUUCGCAGGCGAGGGCAAGCAUGUGCCAGCACACGCCAGGAAGAGCCAUACAACGUUUGUGCAAGACAUCAACUGCUCGCAAUGCAACGACGUCAUCUUGGAGCGUUGCGAGUCCUGCAGUGUUCGCAUGCACUGCAUGGGCUGCCGGAAGACCCUCUGCGCGAGCUGCGCGUUCAACCGGCCGAUACCACGGAAGCGGGCAAAGACACGGCAUUUUGCAAACCUAGCAUUUGGAAGCAGCAUGUCGUUGGGGGGCACGCUUGGGCAGGGAUAUGGGUCAACUACCUCGCUAGAAGACAGGAAACAAGAAGAGAAGGCCGAGAAGAAUCGUUUUUGGUGGGCUCCUGGUGCGACUCGAUCACCAAACCUUAUGAGCGAGAGUGCUCAUGAUGACGACUCCUCUGAUUCCGAAGACACCCUCAACAACGGCCUUCCUGGGCCACCGGCGCACCGAGACCCUCCCAAGCUGAACAUGCAUUGGUGUUGUCUUGAGCCAAUCUUCUCAGGGGGGGGAGGCAUCGCUGUGCUGGGCACUGGGCUUGGUGGGAGAGGUGCCGAUAAGAUCCGUGCAGCUCCUUUACCGCGCAUUAAGCAGUACGAGGAUCCAGAUUUCUCGAAUCAGCUCCGGCCGGUGGACUAUAUCCGCGAACUCAAGAACAAUGGGCUGUACGAAUACGUCCUGGGCGAAGAUGUCGACAUCCUACAAUACCUGAAGCAGGACAGUCUAGAGCUCCAGCAACAGACGUGCCCCCGUGGACUAUGCAAUGACUGCUAUCGCAGCUUUAGGUGGAAGGUGUCUUGCCGAGCGUGCAAGAAUCCUAUCUGCAAAGAGCAUGAUUUUGGAGCGCUGAAGGUCCGCAAAUGCGGAUACAGAGAACUGCACACCGAGCGCGAACAUGUCCGGGCACAUACAGAACCGCCGCAGCGCUUGGUAAUACCUGAAUUCAACCCCAACAGGACGAGCGAGGACCUGGAGCGUACGCCAACUGCUUCAUCACAACUCGACGCUGCUUCGACUGCUGACAACGAAUCUGAGUCUUCCGAGGGUACGCCAAUGUCACAAUCGCAGGUUCUUAUGGCACUCACAGCACCUGCCGAAGUGGCUGCCACAUCAUCAUUCAACCUCACUACAACGCCUGAUCCAUUCACCCUUACAACCUCGCUAGCUUUCGUCCCUGUCAGCUCAUCUCGGCCGCGUUCACUCAGUGCCUCUGGCGUCCGCAGCCGCAACUCCGCGUCAUGGUCGAACUCAUCGCGCGGUCCUCCACCAACCUCGAUAUCGAGUCCUCUUCCGCUACCUUGUAACCCGCGACAUCCCGUGCAAUGGGAAGGCUGUGGAGCCUACUUCUGCCAAUACCCACGUCCAGUCGGCGACAACAGACCGCAAUGUCCGGCAAUCCUCAAGGAGUGCUCGGAGUGCGCGGUGCUCGUCUGUGAUGGCUGCUCGGCCCUUAACCCAUCUUGCACAUGCACGUUCUGCACUGUCAACUUCCAUUGCCCGACCUGCGCACGCAAGCCCCUCGUCCGCGCAAAAUGCCGCCUCGAAGCCGAACUCAAAGCCAAGAAGGACGCCGAGUUGCGCGCAAAAGCCAAGCUCGAGCGAGACCGCCUCGAGCGCGGUCAAGCCGACGAGCUCGCAGGAGCCAUGAACGAGUUCUUCACCGCGCUGUACACCGAGAACGCCGACGCCACCCCCAUUCCUGACAUGUCUUCAUACAUGACCUCUUUCACUGACCCCCCCCUCUCCAGCCCCGACAGCAUAACAGUCACCACCGAAUUCGGCGUCCUGGAAGAGACAGGAAACGUAACCAUCAUCUCCGCCGGCGGCGCUAUACACCCCUACGACGAAGACGAGUAUGACGAGGAGCUCGAAUACCACCACCACCACCACCACCACCUACACGCCGACGAAGAAGGGCCGGAGAGCUACGUCGUUAUGACUGAGGAUACGUCCGCUGUCUCGGGGUCUGCGGACUGGGUCACGGCCGUCGCGCUCCAGCACCAGCAGCAGCAGAAUACUUGGCUCUUGCAGCAGCAGAUGCACAAUAUGUAUCAUGUUGCGAUGGGCACAAAUACUACGCCGCCGCCGACGCAGCAUACGGCGCCGGUGAUCCAUCAUUCUGAGGGGAAUAUUGAUCAGAAUGGCGAGUCUAGUGAUGAGGAUGAGCAUGAUGCGGGGGAUGAGGCGGAUGUGGAUACCGAUGAGGUACUUGAGGCUGAUGAUGAUGAGAUCGCGAAUGGUGCGGUGACGCCUACGGCGCAGAUGGAUUGAUGGGAGAGUACUACGGACUUCUGGUCAGACUGUCACGUUGUGCAUCAUAGCGAAUUUGGGAGACUGCAAGCCAACGGGCAAGGGCAAGUAAUACGGAUGAAGGAUGUUGGAGUUCAUUUCGCAUAGCAUCUACUAUCACUUACACAUGAUUUAGCUAGGAAGGGCGCAGAUGGCAUCUACUGAGAUAUCCACGGAACGGAUCAAGGAACUGGCGUGGGAGGAUCAGAUAUUGACAUGGUAUGGGGCAUUUAGCACUCGCAUCUUCUGGCGUUUAGGUAGAAUAUAUGAUUGUUCACUC